GUCAUGAUAUUUAUUACCUUCUAGGUACUAAAAUAUUGAACAAUUUUUAUUGGAGAGCAAUGAAGCCAAAACAGAAUCUUAUCUGCAGAGAUAAACCGAUUAUCUAUAUUGACUCACCUCAUUUUGCUCGUAGCAGGUGAAAAAGCACCAUUUCUGUGUAAAAUUAACUCAAUUUAGCAAAAAAAUCGCAACACUUCUUCACAAAAUGACAAGUAUAGAAACUGUGGGAACAAUUGUGUUAAAAAUUUUAAAAUUGGUUAUAAACUUGAUAUGUAUUAUCAUCUAUCGUACUGGAUAUCAAGGUUAUUUCUUGGGAGUAGGAGGAACAUGGAAUUUAAAUGAAGAAAAGAACCCCGAUGCUGAAAUUGUAGCUUCUGGUGUAUUUGUGGGAUAUAUCAUAUAUACAUUCGUGUCUCUCAUUAGCCUCUGCUUCGCUAGUGGCGACCAUAAAACAACUUUCACUGAUAUUUUGAUGAACAUUGUUGGUGUAUUUAUGUGGGUCGCUGUUGGAGCAACCGCUCUUCACUAUUGGCUUGGUUAUCUAUCCGAAUACAAAUAUACCGAAGUUGACUCGGAAAGACAAGUGGGUCUUGCGUUAGGUGCCUUAUGUAUUAUUAACGGAGCAGUUUAUCUAGUAGAUACCGUAUUAUCUGCCAUUUUUAUCAUCAAAGCUAAAAUGCAAUAAAAAAACUUUACAACAUACUUAUAUUUAUAAUUUUGCCUCGUAAAAUAUCACAUAUCAGUUGUUUCAUCAUGAACUCAUAGCAUAUUAGCAGCUAGGAAUAGAAAUGACAAACCAGAAUAAAAAAACGAAAAUAUCUUAUGAAAUAAAAUUUUACAUAGAUUUGCGAAGUUGGCCCCCGACUUUCUUUAAAAAAAGCACCAAAUCCUUUGUAGAGUUAAUUAGUUAAACAUUAGUUUAAAGGUUUGUAGUAAAAGCAUCAUUAAGAGGAGUGCAAAAAUCGCCAGCACCUUAAAUUAUGUGGCUGUCUUCUAACCUGUACUAAUCUACGCCAAAUUGUUUCUAGUUGUUUAUAGUAAACGACGUUUUGUUUAUGGUUGUCCAAAAGAAUCUGUUUAAAAAUAACACUGACAGAUUCAAAUUAUAAAUGCGUUUCAAUUUAAAAAAGCUAAGGCUUGUUAAGUGAAAUUUUCCUAAACAUUACUAGAAGAACCUUCAGAAAACGGCUUAGAAUGUGUAGUAUCGACUUAGGAUACGCGUGAAAUACCACAUCAAAAAAAGACAUGAUUACGGUCGUCUUCGGAAAUUGGAGGCUAAAAAAUUACUUUCUAUAAAUCAGCAUAUAGAUAGCGACGCGACGAAGCGAAUACAAAUUUGGUUCCUACAAACCUCUACGCAUUAUUUUAAACAGUUUACUAAAUAUGGAUGGAAAUAUUGCGUACCUUUAGCAUUUGAAAAUUUGUAACUUUUUUUCUAGGUAAUUAUAAAUAAAAAUAUCUGCGCUACAAAACUAUAAGAUAAUUUACUUAAUAUAGAGUCAGACCCACUACGGCUCGGGGGGCUGGUCAUUUUUUGCCCUUCUCAUAACUAUUUUAUUUUUUACUACAAAAGAAAAAUCUUAUACUACAUAACUCUUUAAUAGAUUUGGUUAAUUUUUUUGAGGAAAGAUCAUAUAGCUUACAGAAUUUAAUAAUCAGUUUAUUGCAAGUUUGAAGAUGAUAGACUUUAACUUCACUUAGUAGUAAUAGUAACUAUUUUUUUACGUUUUUCCUUUCUGCUCCUAGCUCCUCGUACAAAUUUUUUAUAUGUUUUGGUAUUUCUCUAAAGUAGUGCAAACUUAGUUUUAUAUUUAUAGUAUUUUAUUAGUAUCUAUAUAGUUUUUAGAUUAUAAACUUAGCUUUAAAAAUCCGAAUUACUUAGAUUUAAAUUAUAAAAUAAAUAAAACGUCAAUCACAUACAAUUAAGUUCAAUAAUUGUACAUCGACACUUUAUUACGGAGUCAUUUUUCCAAAUAUUACGUCACCAUAUAUGAAAUGGAGUAGGUACAAACCUGUUUGUGAAAACUUCAACUUUUAUUUAAUAAAAUCUUUAUUUGUUGUACAAAUAAGACAAAUGUUUUAGUAUUUUUGCUUUAUUAUGUUUAUACUAAUUUGUAUUAACAAAACAAUAGAUUUUUAUAUAAAUAUAUACAAAGGAAGGUUGCAAUGCACUGUAGCUUGGAAACGGUAUGUAAUGGGCAAGCUUGCCGAAACGCUGUUUUUAUGCAAAAUGAUCGUGUGAAGAAGAGUGCACUUGACCAUGAAAUUCUGGUAGGUCUGGAAACGAUAAUUUAAGACAAGGAAGAUGAAAAAAAUGACACAGAAACUCCCGACCGUCCAGAAGAUGACGAUGAAGAAGAAAAAAAACUAAUAUUUCAAUUUAAGCACUGUACAGCUACUAAAUAAAAAUAAAAUUGAAAAAAUGUA